AAGUAUUAAGAAAAGAAACCGAUCGAACGUGAAAUUGUACGAUUCUUUAUUUUUUUCUAAUUUAAUCUUUUACUUUUUUUAGACUUAUAUGCUACCUUUUAAUUUUAAUACACCUUAUUUUAAGAGUACCUAAUUUCCGUAAAUAUAUUGUGCAAAAGAGCUUCUUACUACGUUACAAAUGGAAAAUCCCCUUUUAAUCUUUUUACUAAGACAUACAAUAUAUGUACAUUUCUAUAUAAUAAACUAUAUAUCACCUGUCACUUUGAUCAAUUACCGUUACGAACGUUUUCAUACCGUGGAAACGAUUUCAGCAAACCGUCAACAAUUUACAGAUAAUUUUAGAUCAGAGAUCGCGUGCGCGUGAUAUUUAUAUUAUAAACGCUGAAAGCUUGCGGAAGAAUGUCUCCCUCUGUUCGUAACUACACGUGAAAUAAUACUUUUUUUAAUAUUUAAGUAAAAAAAAUAGUGUAGUGUUAAAAAAAUAACUGUUUUUCUUUUUGAAAAUGUCGAUUUUAUUCAGUGUUAUAGCAAAUAAUAAAAAUAUUAUCAAUGCGUAUGCUUCUUGUGAUGGUAAUUUUUUGGACAUUGUUAGUGAAGUGUUACUAAAGCGACCGAGUAAACCUGACAAAAUGACUUAUUUACAUGGAAAGUAUCUGAUAAAUUACAUCGUUGAUAAUGAUCAUGUUUAUUUGUGUGUUACUGAUAAAGCAUGUCAACGCUCAAGAGCAUUCCUAUUCCUGAACGAGAUAAAAAGAGGCUUUAAGAUGAAAAACAAAGAUUACACGAAUAUAUUAGCAGCAGAGAUGUUACGAUAUAGCCAGGAUUAUAAUAAUAUAGUGAUACAAGAUGGAGCAUUAGACGAAAUAAAUAGGAUUGAAGUGGAAUGUAGCGAAACUAUACUCGGCGAAAAAAUAUUAAUGGUUCAACACGAAGACAAUUUGGAAUUCAGUACAAUGUCGUACGUGGGCAGGUCGCCGGAGAAAAUUAUCGUGUCAGUGGAGAGUACAAAUUCUCGUAUAAUUUUAGGAAUGGCCUUAAUCCUGACCGUGGUUAUAAUGUGUAUUUUCGGACCUGCCACAUUCGUUGCUGUUAUAGGUAUAUUUUUUUAUUUAGCGAAACGAAAAACCUAACAUAUAAGUUCAUAUGUAAGUGAAAUAAAUAUCAAUUCGAUGCAAUUUAUUUACUCUUUUUUAGCGUUUGAUCCAUUUAAGAAAAAUUGCCUUUUAUAUUACAACGAGAUAAACUCCGCAUCUUCUUACAAAGAACAAAUUAGAUAGCUUUAAAUUUCGCAAACGAAGAUACAUUAUAAAUAAAUAAGCCGUGUAUCGAAUCGACUUUUCGUAUACACAUUUAAAAGCUAUAUUGUAUUGGUUCCACGGCGUUUUAAGUCAAAUCCACUCUUUUCUUCCUAUCCUUUACUCUCAAGGGAAAAGGACUAGACUUAAGCCUUCGGGCACACUCAUCAAAUUGUACGCGGAAAUGCUUCCACUUGACGCCUGUC